UUGGUCGAGCCGAGUCGUAUCGAUUCACCGCGAUUCCGUUCGGUUCAUGGAUUCCGUUGCGUGUGACGUGAUGGAUUCGGAAAUGAGCGUCGACGAAAUCUAAAUCGAAGGAUCUGCAGCUUCGGGGGCUCCCAAAUCCAUCGCAAGCGGCGUUCUUGGAGCAGCGGCGAGUGAAAUCGCGAGGCGAACUUCUUAAACUUCGUUCGACGGCCGACGCGUCGAUCCUGCAAUCGGCGGCAGCGAGCGGGGAAGCGAGAUCAAGGACGGGAGGAGGCUGACGGCGGGAAGAAGGAAGUUCAGGGGUGAGAUUGGAUUGGCCGAUGGGUUCGUAACGCUGAAACAAGACCUAAAGUUUCACUAUUUACCAAUCGGGAUGCCGGUCUAGCCGUAUAGAUUUUCAAAGAGUUCUGAUUGGUUCCCAAAUAAAGCAGCACUUUUAUUUCUUCCUUUUUUUCUUUUCAAUUUGACAAGCUUCAAAUGGACUAAUUGCACUGAAUUUAAGAUGAGGGGAGCAGAGCAAGGAGGUUUUUUGGUCGCAUCCGUUUUGUUAUCAUUAUUAUCUCACAUUCAUAGGCCCUUUUACUGUUCCACAUGAUCUAACGCCAGUUUCUGAUUGGCAUCACUCUGUUACUUACUGGGAUUUCAAGCAAUAAGUCUAGACAGUAAUCAUAAAUUUGCAUGUGGAUAGAAGGCUAUGAAAUCCAAUGCUCAUAUAUCUGGACAGGCGGCUUCUCAAACUGGCUUGCAAAUGCCCGGUCUGCCCCAGCAGAUCAACAAUUCAAUGGCAUCUCAAAUGCAGAAUAUUGAUCCUCGAAAGGUGGAUUCUGAAUUUCUGCAACUCCGUAUAAGAAUGCAGCAAAAAAUUCACAAUAUUCUUCAAAGAAGAAGCCAGUCUAAUGACUGGCUGCAUAAGUUACCAGAAAUAGUCAAACGCUUGGAAGAAUGUAUGUUCAGAGAUACUGGAACAAAGGAUGAGUAUUUGACUUUGUAUACGGAGUCGGAUGAAAAUCGCUUCUUUGCCGUUAUAAGGAGUAUUUCUAACAGAAAACAACGUGCAUCACAGCAAGUUAGAUCUUCUUCUACCCCUGGCAUGAUGAUUCCAAUGCCUAGGAUACAGCAAAAUAGAAAUGUACAAUCAAUAAUAUCUGGUUCAGUUGAGAAGCCCAAAAUUAGUAGUUCAAGUGUUGAAUGUUCUCCAGCAACAAGUGUGGGAAAUUUGCAACCAACCGGGAAUGGUCUGACUGAUGUCAAUUCCUCAAUUCAUUUGGCUAAUGUUUCCAAUUGCCAUCGGAGACAAGGUACUGACUUUCCUCUUGGUUCAGGUGUAAGAAAUAUAAUGCAUUCAAACUCCACUGGCAUGCCAAGGCAAUCUAGUCAGAUGAUUCCAACACCAGGAUAUGUAGAUCCACAGGCUGUAUCCUUAGUCUCAGAAUCUUCUAAUGCAAUUAAUCUUUCCAGGUGUGAUUCUACAAUACCUUCGGAAUUACAACAGACAAGGAAUGUUGGAAACCCAAGCAACCACUUAUUACAUAGUUUAGGAGGGCAGAUUGAUUCUGGUAUCAGGUCAAAUAAUCUGCAGAAGACUUUACUGCAUAGCAUGCCAAAUGGAGUCAUAAAUAGUGGUCUGGAUUCAGUUGGGAGCAACGUGCAAUUUAACAGGUCUACUAAUUUAGAGGGAUUGAUAAAGACUGGGCCUAUGCAACAGCACUUUGAUCAGCAAAUACACCAAUCUAGAAUGCCAGUGCCAUUGUCUGAGCAAAUGUUGUCUAGUGGAGUCAAUGUUUAUGCUAUGAAAGUAACUGAUAUAUCAGGAUCUGAUAAUGAUCAUGGCCAUGGUUCAUCUGUAUUAUCUGCUAUGAAUAAUCUCAACAGUGGUAGUUUGCAAACAAGAGUGGGAACAAAUCCAAGCUUGCUACACCAUCAAACAAAUUUAAAUCCACAGUACACACAAAUAAGGCCUCACACAAUUGAUCCUUCACAAAAAUUUAAUCUAAAUGCAUCACAAUUGACAAAUGAGGUAUUGCAAUCACAAUCACAGGUGCAGCAAUCUCAGCAACAAGUUAGUUCAUCUUAUCCUCAGUUCUUUCAAAACCAAACUAAACUGCUAUUGUUACAACAGCAACAGCAGCAGCAAAGUCAACAAAACCAAAUAUCGUUACCACCUGACACACUGAGACAGACUUCAGGAACUUCUUUAGAUGAGCAAAUGCCAGGGCAUGAACUUAUGACCCCUUCUGGGGCAUUGCAUUCACAAGUUUCCCAGCAGAUCCAAGCAUCAGAAUCACAAUCUAAUUUUUUUGAUGUCCAUUCUAGAGCACAAUUUGUCAACCCGUUAUCUGGGUCUGAAGAUUUUCUUGUUCAGAUUCCACAGGGUUCACAACAAUCAUUGCACCCAAAUGUUUUGGUUGAUAAUUUUCAAAGGUGUAUCAACAACCAGUCUAGUGAAUCCCAAACAAGGGACCAAUUUCAACUUCAACCUUCACGAGGGGUACAAGUGCUGAAUAAGCUUUCAAGUGAAGAGCCUUCGGAAUUUCAUCAGAAAAUCACAGUUAAAAAUGAAGUUCAGCAACCUCACAUGUCCCUUCAGGGAUGUAAUGCCAGCGCUGCUACAAUGAUGCCCCAUUUUUCUAGCAGAUUAGCUCCUGGCCUGGAGGAAUCUGUAGGUAAAUCGAAUUAUCUGAAGCAAAUUAGGUGGUUGUUGUUUUUGCACCAUGCUCGGCGUUGCCCUUCUCCAAAGGGUCAAUGCCCAGAAGUUAAUUGCUUAAGAGUACAAGAGUUAAUAACUCACAUACGCUGCUGCGAUAGUGACUCAUGUGAAUAUGCCCGCUGUAAGCCUAGUAGGGUCCUUCUUCAUCAUUUUCAUUAUUGCCGAGCAGCUAAUUGCCCUGUAUGUGUGUCGGUUCAUAGCCUUAUGGCAUCUUGUAGAAUACCUGCUCGUGCUUUAUCUGAUGCUGGUUCAGAGAGUCAGGCUGUUGCCUCCAAUACUACAAGCAAGGGAAGAGAUUCUAAUGAAAUCACUGGUGAUAUGGAGUCUAGGUUCACAACGAUGCAACUUACCUGUGCUUUAGCUGAUGUUGUACCAGGAAGCCAGAUGGAUGUUGACAAUGGUAGGAUCAAGAGAGAUGGAGCGAUUGCUGAACUGUCUGAUGAUAAGCUGGCUAAAUGCAGGAAAAUUCAGCAUGCAUCUCUUCUUGUUACUAACAAUGGAUCAUCUGCAGCCUUGCAUUCUUCUAAGGACAAUUCAUAUGGCUUCCAGGAAGCACAGUUUCAGAAUUGCAAACAAACUGACAUGGUCAUGUCCGUUAAAUGUGAAACUUUUGAUACAAAGACUGAACAAUUCAUUAGCACUGGACACGAAAAAUUCACAACCAAUGGAAGUGGCAUUGAACAAAACCAGAUUAAAAUAAUUGAUAUGAAAUCUAAUGCUUCUAAUCAUGUUAAGUGUAUUGUUAAGCAAGAAACCUUGAUGGUUGAAGAGAAGAUUGAUCAGGCAAGAAAUGAUAUCAAGCAGGAAAACUUUGAGAAGUCAACUGAUCAGGCAACUGCAAGUAAAUCAGGGAAGCCAAAGAUAAAAGGUGUUUCCUUAACUGAGCUAUUCACUCCAGAACAAAUCAGGGACCAUAUUCAUAGUCUGAGGCGAUGGGAUGGCCAGAGUAAGGCUAAAGCUGAAAAGAAUCAAGCAAUAGGACACUCAAUGAAUGAGAAUUCGUGUCAACUUUGUGCAGUGGAAAAGCUUACAUUUGAUCCAACUCCACUAUAUUGUUCAAUAUGUGGUGCAAGGAUAAAGCGGAAUGCUAUGUACUACACAGUUGGAAGUGGUGAAACCCGUCACUACUUUUGCAUCCCAUGCUAUAAUGAGGCUCGUAGUGAUACUAUAGCAGUUGAAGGCUCUACACUUCUCAAGGCAAAGCUUGAAAAGAAGAAAAAUGAUGAGGAAACAGAAGAAUGGUGGGUACAAUGUGAUAAAUGUGAAGCUUGGCAACAUCAAAUAUGCUCUCUCUUUAAUGGCCGAAGAAAUGAGAGAGGCCAAGCUGAAUAUACUUGCCCAAAUUGUUAUGUAAAGGAGAUAGAAAAUGGUGAACACAAACCUUUACCCCAGAGUGCUGUUCUCGGUGCAAAAGAUCUUCCAACAACAAUCCUCAGUGAUCACAUAGAACAACGACUCUUCAAGCGACUCAAGCAAGAGAGAAUGGAUAGAGCUAGACUGCUUGGCAAAAACAUAGAGGAGGUCCCGGGUGCAGAAGGACUUGUAGUUAGAGUUGUCUCAUCAGUUGACAAAAAGCUGGAAGUGAAGCGACGGUUUUUAGAGAUAUUUCAAGAAGAAAAUUAUCCAAAGGAAUUUCCUUAUAAAUCCAAGGCUCUACUGUUGUUCCAGAAGAUUGAAGGCGUAGAAGUUUGCCUCUUUGCCAUGUAUGUUCAAGAGUUUGGUUCAGAAUGUUCCUUCCCCAACCAGCGGAGAGUAUAUCUUUCAUAUCUAGACUCAGUGAAAUAUUUCAGACCUGAUACGAUAUCAGUGACGGGAGAGGCUUUGCGCACUGUUGUUUAUCAUGAAAUUUUGAUAGGAUAUCUUGAGUAUUGUAAGAAACGUGGUUUUACCAGUUGCUAUAUUUGGGCUUGUCCUCCUCUUAAGGGUGAAGACUAUAUCCUUUAUUGCCACCCUGAGAUUCAGAAGACUCCAAAAUCUGACAAACUACGUGAAUGGUAUCUAGCAAUGCUUCGGAAAGCUACCAAGGAGAAUGUGGUUGCUGAUGUCACUAAUUUAUAUGAUCAUUUCUUUGUAAAUACUGGGGAGUGCAAGACUAAGGUUACAGCAGCUCGUCUACCUUAUUUUGAUGGAGACUACUGGCCUGGUGCAGCAGAGGAUAUGAUCAAUCAACUUUGUCUAGAAGAUGAUAGUAGGAAGCAACAAAAGAAAGGGAAAACUAAAAGUACCAUAUCAAAAAGGGCUUUGAAAGCUGCUGGUCAUAUUGACCUUUCUGGCAAUGCUUCCAAGGAUGCUUUGCUGAUGCAAAAGCUUGGUGAAACCAUAUAUCCUAUGAAGGAAGACUUUAUCAUGGUUCAUUUGCAGCAUGCUUGUACGCAUUGCUGUGAACUGAUGGUAUCUGGGACACGCUGGGUAUGCAAUCAAUGUAAAAAUUUUCAACUAUGUGCUAAGUGCAAUGGAUUGGAACAGAGAUUUGAUGAAAGGGAAAGACAUCCAAUAACUUCUCAAGACAAGCAUGUGCUUUGUCCAAUUGAAAUAAACGAUGUAACGAUGGAUACAAAGGAUGAAGAUGAGAUCUUGGAGAGUGAGUUUUUUGACACCAGACAGGCAUUUUUGAGCCUUUGUCAAGGGAACCAUUAUCAAUAUGACACUCUUCGCCGAGCAAAGCAUUCCUCAAUGAUGGUUUUGUAUCACCUCCAUAAUCCAACUGCCCCAGCCUUUGUCAUGACUUGUAAUGUCUGCCAACAUGACAUCGAAACUGGGCAAGGCUGGCAUUGUGAAACUUGUUCAGAUUUUGAUGUCUGCAAUGGAUGUUAUCAGAAAGAAGGUGGCAUUGAUCAUCCCCACAAGUUAACAAAUCAUCCAUCGACAGCUGAGUGCGAUGCACAAAACAAAGAAGCUCGACAAAACCGUGUUUUACAGCUCAGGAAAAUGUUAGAUCUCUUGGUCCAUGCCUCCCAGUGUCGGAUCCCCCAGUGCCAAUAUCCUAACUGCCGUAAAGUUAAGAGCCUCUUCCGCCAUGGAAUACAGUGCAAAACACGCGCUUCAGGAGGUUGCCUCUUAUGUAAAAGGAUGUGGUAUCUCCUCCAACUCCAUUCCCGAGCAUGUAACAAAUCCGAGUGCAGCGUGCCGCGCUGCAGAGAUCUGAGAGAGCACUUGAGAAGACUACAGCAACAGUCUGAAUCAAGACGAAGGGCUGCUGUCAUGGAAAUGAUGCGACAGCGAGCUGCAGAAGUUUCCUGAAACUCCAGUUAACUGUAAAUAGCCAUUUUCACUUAGGAGAUCAAGGGAAAUCAAAGAAGCCGCAGAUUGGAUGCUGCCUUCACAUCAACUAAUUUAUUCUUCAACCGAAACCCACCAUGAAGGGGAACACUUUGAUUUAUCCUUCAUAACCCCAUUCCUUUGGUUGUAGGUGUAGGAUAGCGGUCCCUAAUUCACCCAUUAUUCAUUUUUCUUCCCUUUAUUUUACAUAUUUUAGGCUAGGGAUUUUGGGAGGUGAAAGGGUGAAGCAUUUUUUUGCCCACAUCUCCUUAGUUUUUGUUUCACUUGAAUAUGACAAAAGAUUAAAAAAAAAACCAAUUCAUUUUAUUUGGAUUGGCAGUUGCAUAGAUGUUCGUUGGUUGGUUUGUUGUGUAGCCUCUUUAAUUGUUUAGGAUUAGAGAUGAAUCAAAUCGGGUAAUUGUGAUGAGUCCACCUAUAUAAGUCAGGUUAGAGCAUGUAAAUUAUGUUUGAUAAUGAAAGCCAGUGCUCGUUGGUUUUGUAUAUUUUGAUAGAAUGACAAUAGAUACUUGACAAUCUAUCCAACUUGGGUUUGGAUAUCUGAUUGAUUAUGCUUAAUAAUAGAGUUUGAGUUUGUGUUA